AUGCAUUUGGAAUACCAAAACAGGACGGACAAUGCUAUGUAUGCUUAUGUCUUGUUCAUUAGAAGCCAUUUAACGCCGUACGACGGCAUAGAUUGGGACCGCUUCAAGCCACAAUCUGAGCCGAAUUGGGUUCCCAAAACCUCUGAUGACCAUUUUCAAUUCUGUCUCCUUAAAGCAAUUGCCCAUCUAAUCCAAUAUGAAUACGAAGAAGCUAAAGAGAGUUGUAUUGAAGCUGGAUCUCUAUUGCCCGGCAUAUGCAAGUCCGACAAUGACCAAGGUUAUAAGAACAUGAUGGCAUGGGGAUUCCUAUUACUAUACAAGUAUCUCAUUCAGGAAGAACUUGGCUUCCAAUAUGUAUUCAAGAAUAUUCACUCUCUUGAAAUUAUUGGAUCAUGCAUGAGUGUCAGAGCUGUAGCUCUACUACAACACGAGAAAGACAUAAUGGACCCUUUUCAUGAGCAGAAAGAGUCAGAGGCGCUGCCAUUCAUUCAAAAUGCGAGCGAAGAUCAAAUGAAAGCCCGAGUUAAUAUUGCACAUAUUGCAUCCUCUGCAAUAGCUGGAUUUUUCUUCUUACUUGAAAAUGAAGAUCCAGAAGAAACGUUAACACCUGAAUUAAAUCGUAGUAUUUAUUCAAUGCUUGAGUACGUUCAAACUUCAAGUCUUCUGUCUAAACCAGAGAGGUUGCUUAACUAUAGGAGAGAGUAUCAAUACUUAUGCUGUCUUUUUCGUUUAAAGAAGUCCUGGUGGGAAAAAACUCAAAUUUCUCAUGCGUCUUUCUUAUGUUAUGCUAGUUUAAGUUAUGAGUUUAAUUCAAAAUUUGUAAGACAUACGUUUUACAAAUUGCAAUUGAAGAGCCUUUUGGAGAAGGAAAUUAAUAGCACAAUAUAA